ACUUAUGAACAUUUAUUUGAGAAUACUACUACAUUUUAGAAUUAAUUCAACCUUAUGUCAGAGGGACAUUUUUUUUGGGACGCGCUGUACUACUAUACAACUACUACUAUAUACUAUACUACUACUAUACCACUACUACCACUACUACUACUACUAGCUACUUCUACUAUUACUACUACUACUACUACUACUAUACUACUACUACUACUAUAGACUACUACUACUACUACUACUACUACUACUACUACUACUACUACUAUACUACUACUAAUACACUACUACUACUACUACUACUACUACUACUACUUCUACUAUACUACUAUACUACUACUAUACUAUACUACUACUACUACUACUACUACUACUACUACUACUACUACUAGCUACUACUACUACUACUACUACUACUACUAGCUACUACUACUACUACUUCUACUAUUGCUACUACUACUACUACUACUACUAUACCACUACGUUACUACCACCACCUAGCUAUACGUCUUCUAUUUACUAUUAUAUACUAGUAGUGACCACUACUACCACUACUACCGCUAUAUAGCUAGGCGACUUCCAUGCAGUACUACAUGCACUCCAAAUAUCUAUUCCCUUAUUUUUCCUAAUUUUCACUCCCAUAUAUGCCCAAUUAUGCCUAUUACUUCUCGUAGGCCUAAUAUAUGCCCCUUAUCUUAAAAUUGAGUCAUGUGGGUAUAGGAUAGAUGAGCAAUUUGUUGUCAUUUUUCUUUAUUCUAAGUGCCAUUUUCGAAAGAGGAAGUGCCCCCCCCCCCCCCACAACUUCUCUCCGAUCGGGUUGGGAUAUCUAUAGGUUCAUUAAAAAAAAAUACCAUGGCAACUAAACGCGUGUAGUCGCUGUUUGAUGUACCGGUACGAAGCAGUCGAUUCAGUUUUUAUUUGAAAACGGUGACUGGUUCCGGUCACGGCGGGUACGGGUGGCGUAUUAUUUUCACAAUGUUUGCAUGACAUCCACGGCAGGAGACGGAGCUAACUAGUUAACUAAAGCCAAAGGCAAAUGUUGGGGCGACAUUGGAAUACAUGCCAUUUUAAACACAGAGCCGGCCAAGAUGGCGCAAAAGCUCCUAUGUUGUACAGACAACCUUCUUUUGUUACCAGUAUGCGGGGUGUUCAUGACUCUACUUGGCCUGGUCCUACUGAUCAUCUAUCUCGUUGCAAGAGGCAUAACGUCAUCGCUCUAUCUCGUGGAUGCACCAAUACCAGCAUACCUGACUGCACUUCUAACUAUUGCCAUAGGUGUUUUCUUAAUAGUUCUUUUGAAGAAGAGACAUGUCAUUUUGGUAUGCCUGACGAUAUUGGCAAGCGUGAUUGACCUGAUAGUGUGUAUCGUCCACACCAUCACUGCUGCUCUGGUUUCCAUCCCGUUCCUUGGAAGCUUCUCUGUGUGUGUCCUGAGAGCGACCAGCUCCGAAUGCCAGUGUUAUAUUCUAGGGGAUGGCAGUACCAAUAGCACUGUCAUUGUACCUGGAGAUGAAACUAAGCACUAUACCUUCCAAGAUGUGAAAAGUUGUGGCUCUAUCGAGGUUGCUCUAAGGGACUUCCUGUAUACCCUAUCAAUUGUGUACAGCUUUGGUGCCAUUGGUUGUUUGGUCUCUGCCAUCCUUUCAACACUACUACUAUGCAGCAAUAGAAGGUCUAGCAAAGAUGAGGUUGAAGAGGAAGUUCUUCCUUCAAGAGAAAGAAGCAAUCAACAGACAAACCAACAUGAAGAAGAAACUCGAGGAAGAAGCAGUACUGCUCAAAGACCUUUGGAGGAAGCAACCAGCCAAGGGACACCUGUACAGUCUGGAUCGGGAAAUGAAGCCGUGUUGACUCACCAAGGUGCCAGGGCUCAGAACUCAGUAGGAAGAACACCUGAAAGACCAGUGAGAAGAGCAGAAAGUGUUGGAAGAUCUCCUGAAAGGCCAGUGAGAAGAACAGCUAGUGUGAACUCUCCAACACGUGGUGUAACCAUACAUGAAGCAGUUACGCCAAGCAACCUUGCUGGAUCUGCUCUACGCAUCCAUUCUCUUGGUCCAGCGAGUGGGGAAAGUGGUGUGAGACAGAGACCGAGACCUCCUCUCCUGGUCCGCAGUGGCUACCUUCAGAGUCAUGUCAAUGGGCCCAGAAUACCAGUCUAUACGGUCCAUGGGUCCAAUGAGUCCUACAUAUCCCUCGUAGACCUACCUAAACUGCAGCUGCCUGCGCUUAGUCAGGUUCCAGCCUAUGUUCGAGAACUACCAGGUCUUCCUAAUUAUGAGCCCCCACCAUACAGCCCCACUGCAGAAAUACCAGAGAGACCUGACUCUGAGGAGCAAACAAUCCCUUCACCUCCAGUACGACAAUGUUUGUUUGGAGAAGAUGCUAACUCAGAACAAAAUGAAUUCCAGGAAUUAGAGCUUCAAGCUUCAACGGUAACUGACCCCAUUAGAGCAAGAGAAGAACUUGAAGGAGAUUCUGCAGAUGAACAGAUACCACAAGAAACAGAUGUAGCAUUGGAAACUUCAAACCCACCGAAUUGUUUCGUGCAGGAGAAUAACAUCGAUCCAGACCCUCUUGUAUCAGAAGAAACUAAUGUUACAACCCUACACCUUGCCAUUCCGGAGGCUAAUGAAAAUAUUGUGGAUGCAGGAAUCGCCAAUCCAGUGUUUGAGGGGGAGGAAACAGAUAUUGUGGAAGACAUUAAUCAGCCACCGGAUAUUCUGAUGGAGGCGAUCGAAUCAGCAAGGUCAAGCUUGAACACAUCCACAAAUAUUCAAGAUGCUCCUGUAAAUUUCACACCACAGGACUCCGGAAGGACAGCACCUACAGUCCGAGUUUCAGGGUUGAUCUCUCAUGAGAAUUCCACUGACUCCUAUGCAGAUGUAACAUUAAGAACUUCAGAAAUUGAACAGGAUAAAAGGCAAAAUCCUCAAAAUGAUGUGAACCGCCCAAAGAGAUCGACACGAUUGCAACAUCGAACCACAAAUGCCCAAGAAUGUUCUCUUGAGCCUCCGCAGAGACAUUCAGGUCUUGCAAGUGAUCAAGUAAGGGGAAAAACUUUGAAAACCCCUCCAGUCAAUAUCAGUCCGGACGCUAGAUCCAGGGAAGUUAGAAGGAGUAGAAGUUUGUGUGCUUCUAGGAAUGCGGGGCCUGAUCAGCCGCUUCAGGAGAUUCCGUCCUCAUCAAAUAAAGGCAAAAGACGUUCUGAUACCUACGGUAGAAAGAGAAAUGUGGAGAAUGGUGCUAAGAGAAAGGAUUACUGGCAUGUGGGUGAAGAAAGUAGUGGUUUGCGAUAUAAGCCCACCGCAUCAGAAAUCAAAGUCGAUCCUGAACUAGCCCUACAGAGAAGCUAUGAUUAUGUUAGGUCAAGACGGCCUAUUAAAGUAUCAAGUGGUGAAAAUGACAUCAGUAUUGUGGAAGAGGCAAGUUCUUUUUCAACCAAAAACUCUUCAAAAAAGAGGAAGAAACCAAAGGAAUCAAGAAGGACUGUUACACAAGCUGAGAGUAGAAUUUAAAGGAGAUAAAUAAAUUGCACAGCUAGUAAUGGUGCUAAACAAGAGUUACAGGCAUGUGCCUGACGAAAACAAAAGUCAGAUUUGGACUUUAUUUUCUCCAAAUUACAUUCCUCAACGUUGUAUUGCAACACAACGAUUUAGACAAGUAUGUCUAAAUAGUAAUAUAUGAACAGUAUUUUUUUCACGUUACAUUUAUUUUGGACAACAAUAUUAUGGACAUGCAUGUAUAAAGUACAGUAUAUUAACAUUAUUGAUUUUUUUUACAUCCAAAGCACCCCUCCCCAAAACGUGUUAAUGGUGCAUGUUGAAUUACUGGACCCCCCAUGCCUGCCUCAUUUCAGAACUGUUACUCUACUACUCAAAUUGAGUUAAAAGAGAGUCAGUGGCCUGUAUUCUUAGUCUGGUUUAAAUUACGCCAUGGGUCUAGCUCUGUGCUUGAAUUAUGGGAAGCCAAAAUCAUUCAAAUUUUUAUUACAUUGUAAAUAUAUGUUUACUGCACUCUUUCCUAAUAUGUUUAUGGUGAAUAUAACACUCUUCUUUCCAGACAGUUCAGAAUUAUUUUUUUGUCAAAUGAGCUGAUAAAUCAGACCUGUACUGUAAGGGAUUUGUCUCAAUUGGCUAUCCAUAGUUGAACCACAACUUUAGACCAGAGUUUGAAUUAAAACCGAAUACAGAAUACGGAGUCAAAACAGAACGCAAAGAUGACUCAAGUGUUUAUAAUUUUAAAUAAAAAAAUAUUUGCCGAGUUGAAUACAAAACAUGCAAUUGCUUAGAAAUUAGCAAAAUAAGAAGUUAGGGGUUUUCAAAGCAACAAUUAUACACUUUCCCUGCAUGUGCCAAUCUGUGUUGGCGAUCUUCAACGUGAUAAUCAAAAUAUGUUUAUUAUACCAGACUCCAGAUUUAUGAUAUAGUGGCAAUUAUUGAUUUUAAAGCGUUUAAUCCCCCGACAUUCAUUGUUCGCUCCAAUUACAUUAGUUUAGCUCAAAAGAAAUAUUCAUUUCUAUGCAGAAUUGUUCAACCCCUUUGGUACAAUGAGUCUUUAUUUUUGUAAAAUUCUUAUUUACAAUUUUGAUUCUUUAUGGAAUAAAACAUCAUUGUAACAUCAACCAAAUCAUACAUCAAAUUCAAGACAAGGCUAUAUAUAGCUUUCAAUUUAAUCAGCAUUAGUAAUUAUGUUCAUUUAUGUAUGAACAAAUAUGGUCAGAUAUGGCAAAUAAAAGGUCAUUUCAAUUUUGUAAAUCAUGUAAGAAGUGUAAUAUUCAGAGUGUUAUUAUAUUUACCUAUGACAAUAGUUAUUUUAUUUGUUCACUGUAUAAAAUGCUGUAUCAAUAUUUGGUCACCUUGAUGAAAGAGGCUCCUGUAUACCCAUAUUUAUAUAUUUAUAUAUGGUGUGUGUGUGUUUAUAUAUGAAAUAAAGCUUUUAUUUUUGUAGACAUUUAAAGUGCACAUUAUACUAUCAUAUAUUUAGCACAUCUACAUUGUAAUCAAGUUCAGCCAGUUUUUCUUUUUAUGUUUACCUAAAAUUGGAUACCAUAAAAUGGGGUGAAUAGGAUAGUUCUGUCACAUUUUGCCAAAAAAACUGAUUGUUACAUCACAAAUUGCAAAUAUCUUUGUCUCAACAAAUGUCCGUCCAUGAUACCUAUGUAUUGGCUUGUGAAUAAUACUAGGCCGUUACUUAAGGCCUUUUGAUUGGUCAUGUGGCUGUUGUCUACGAUUGAUUUUCAUUGGCAUGAUCAUUCGUAAAAAUGAGCUCUUUGAUCAAUCGCUAGCGGCAAAGCUUUUUGUUAUGAGGCUGUGUUAUGUAUUCAAUUUUUAUAUGCAUUGUGUGACUGUUCCAAUGCAAGCAAGUAGGAACAGACCGAAACAUUUUUUUAAUAAAAUUUUUCCUGAAAUGUUACCAAGAUAUCAAUAUUCAUUAUGCUGCGAUAUUGCAUUUUCAUUAUGCAAGGAUUGGGCAAGACAAUAAUAAUGGGGGGGGGGGGGAAUGUUUUGUAAUGUCAGCUUUUUGUACAUGAAAAAAUAAAACAUGCAAUGAAAAUGAG